AUGGUCUUCUGCGGGAAACCGAGCAAAGGCUGCGGUGAAUGCCGAUCGCGAAAGAUCCGGUGCGACCAGGCCCGGCCAACAUGCUCCCAGUGUGCCAAGGGAAACCGCGUGUGUCCUGGAUAUAGAGAUGAAUUGUCGUUGAUGUUCCGUGAUGAAAGCCAACAGGUGGUCCGGAAGGCCAAAGCCGGUACCACCGGACGACGGGCUAAAAAGUCCCAUAAAUCCACUCGCAUGCUUUCCCCAAGCGGGAGUAGCCCUCAAGGAACCACCACGUCUUCGUCCCUGGCAAGUGACAUCUCUGAUUUCAACGAUCCUUCCGAUCUGUAUCCAUCGCCUCCGGCGGCUCAGCAAGUCACCGGUCCCCUGCCCUCGAAAAUCGCACCCCCUCCAUCAUACCAAUUUACCCAAGAUGAGGCUGUGUGCUUUUUUCUUCGCUUUAACGCGUGGCCCGGGGUCUGCUGGAUAAUGGAAUUUUCCCCGGAUUUCUUCAUGAUUCCAGAGGUGACUCUCAGCCAGCAGGCAAUGAAGGCGAGCCUUGUGGCGGUCGGGACUGCCAUGCUCUCGCGUAUCCGACAAGAUGGACCUCUGAAGAUUGCUGCGGAGAAAGAAUAUGGCAAUGCUUUGAAUUUGAUGUAUACCGCUGUGAUGGAUGAAGAGGAGGCUAAGUCUAAUCCAACCCUCGGUGCGGUUCUGUUACUGGCUAUCUUUGAGGUCGUCACGAGUAGAGCUCCAGGAAACAUUGAGAAAUGGACGAAUCAUAUCUAUGGUGCUGCCGCAUUACUGGAAUUACGAGGCCCAGAGCAACUACAAGACGAAGAUGGACUGAAGCUGUUUGUUCAGCUAAGAUUUCAGAUCAUCAUCUGCUGCCUUCAAAGAGCGAUGCGGGUCCCCGAGUCACUGAUUGACUGUUCGAAGGUUGCCAUGUUUCUGCGGACCAGGGUCGAUAUCUAUGGCGACCGUUUAAUUGGCAUCGCUGGCAGACUGUCCAAUCUACGAGCAGAUAUUAACAUGGGACUUUUAGUUGACCCGCAUGAGAUCCUAUCUGCCGCUUACGGCAUUGAAGCAGAGCUAAUGGGAUGGAUUGCAGCCAUACCCCCAGAGUUCUUGUACACCAAUGUUGAAGCCCCAACAUUGUCGGAAAUGUCGUCCAACAUGUGGGGUCCGGGGCCACACCCAUACAACAACAAAUAUCACAUAUACAACGAUCUCUGGACAUGCCAUACUUUUAACCAAUAUCGCUGUGCUCGAAUUAUUGUGAGCGAAAUCAUCCUAACCUGCCUGCGCCAACUCUCCCUCAAUGUGCCGGCAGCUGCAAUUUCCAGUGAUCUUCUAGAACAUUGUACUAGACUGCGCAAUACGACGCGUCAGCUUGCCAACGACAUUUGCGCCAGCGCCCCCUACCAUUUUAGCGUGGGGAACAUCCCGAUGGGUCCCUUCGAUAGUCUCCCCGUGAAUCAGAGCUACGUCGCUGGCCUGCUUCUUCUUUGGCCAUUGGUUCUUGCGGGAGCGACAGAGUCGUUGAAUCAUCCUUUGCGCCAAUGGGUGAUUUCCUGCUUUCAGCUCAUCGGCCAUAGCAUGGGUGUAGAUCAGGCUUUGGCUUUGAUUGAGGUCCUAGAGUGUGAAUCGGGAAUUUUCGACGGUGUAGGGGAUGGCGAUGAUGGCAUUUACUUCCGUGAGACUGUUUCACUGGCGACGAAUCGAGUCUGGUAG